UGGUUGACCGUAUCGUCGCCAUUUGUCCCUGGCCACAAUUUCUUUGACUACAACCAAAGUCGAGCAUCAGAUUCACCCUUCAUCGAUCUUCGUGUAACCCAGUAUCUCGCCGUGACCAUCCUUUGAUUUUGGGCUCUCCACUCAAGAUGACUGUGUUUUUGGUGCACCAAAUGAUGAAAUUGAUAGUUCUGGCUGUGUGUUUCUUGCAAUCGGCUAAGAGUGUUAGAAUCAAUGAUCUGCUUCUGAAAAACAAAAAUGGAAACACAUUUACACCAAUGUCCACAAAGCGUUCAUUCACAGAAGGUGACAUCGAGUUAUACUUCAACACUGUUAGACCGUUCAGACAGCCAACUCCUGGAUCUUACAAAAACCAGUUAGACCUUGCGAUGAGAAAAACCAAGAAUGAAAAUCAAGGCUCUUCCGAAAAGAUUUUGGUUGACCCUUACUGGCCAACUCUCAACGCACAAAUUUUGUGGGAAGACUUCGACAUUAUGACUAAAGACCUUCAAGAUCUCAAAAAAUCUAUUGAAAAGCGAAGCAUUGAGAAUGCAAUCAUAAAACAAGAUGGUACAGUGAUAAAACCAAAAGGUCAUUCCAAAAAUAUCUUGCGUGAACAUGCCAAUGGAUUAGAAUUGAUCCACAAUAGCUUAAAGCAACAUAUGAGCUAUAAAAUUGAGCAGUGGGCAUAUGAAAAUCAUUUCCCAGACCCCAAAAUAUUUUCAAGUCAAAAUUUUUUGAAAGAGAUAAAUUAA